CAAUUGGAAAGGGUCAUCCACACACAUAACACACUUCCCACGAGAAAAUAUUGUUUUUACUAAUAGUAAUGAAAACAUAAAUAAAACAGUUAUGAAUUUUGCAAGACUUAUUGUUAGACAGCAUUGCGCUGUCUUCACCGUGUUCCAGACAACAAAGAAAUAUUCCACAAAGUUAACACCAAAAUUAUCGCCAUUGCAUCAGCAAUUUCCAGUGAAAACCACAAACUUAGAGAUCAAACUACAAGAUUUGGAAGCAAGAGCGUUAUCAACACCUCAGCGUGGAGCACACAAGGCUGCCACUACAAACCCUUCACAAACAACAUCAAAAACAGUUCCCUUAAGUCAGGUGAACAAACGCAAAAAACGUGCCGGUAAAGCUGAUUUAGCCGCUUUGGGUUAUUUUAAUGUUGCUGCCUUUUCCACGGCUGAAGAGUACGACUUGGAAAACCUCAUGGAGGCAUUGAAAUUACAGGAACUCUACGAUGCCAAGAAAUUCUUUUCAACAGAUAAUUUGGGUUUGGAACAGGAUGUUCUAUACGUUACCGCCAAGUAUCAAGUGGGUGAAGAAGAUCGCGAUAUUUUCUUCUUUCGCGAAGGUUCAGUGGUAAUGUGGAAUUUCAAUGACAUUGAGACUAACAAUAUUUUAUCCUUCUUGAGAUCGUUUGAAAAAGAGGCAUACUUACGGCCCUUGGUGCGCAGCGAAAGUGAAGUUAUGCCCUACACCUAUAUACCACCCUCAGCCAUCGAUGUGGAGGGUGAUAUUGUGUCGUCAAGUGAUGUAGAACCUGCCAAAGCUUUCUUUCAAAGUGGAAAAUUCUUCCUUACGUCCGGAGAGGAAAACUUUUUCUCUAAAUAUACCUUUUCCAAUGCCUUGGCUACAUCUGUCAAAUUGGGUAUUUGGGAGGCAACAUUGGACAGAUACAUCGACUCAAUGGAAUUUAUAACAAAUGACAUGAAAAAAGGUAGACGUAUAAGAAUUUCGCGGGCAGAAGUCUUAAGGAAAACAGGCGAACUGUUGGCCUUGCGUCAUGUUAUUAACUUAUCAUCGGAUCUUCUUGACACUCCUGACUUCUAUUGGGAUCGUGAGGAAUUGGAGACUUUGUAUUUGCAGAUAUGCAACUAUUUCUCAAUAUCUCGAAGAACGAAAGUUAUGAAUGAAAAAAUCAACCACUGUGUUGAACUGGCCGAACUAAUAUCGCACAAUUUGAAUGAAGCGCACAACACACGAUUGGAGUGGAUGAUAAUCAUAUUGAUUAUGAUUGAGGUUGGCUUCGAAAUUAUUCAUUAUUUGGAUCGUUACUAUGUUAAAGAAGACGAUGCAGCGGCUAAUGGAAAUAAAGCUUUGGCCCAUUGAAUGGUUAUUAGAUAUUUAAGUGAGACAAUAAGCAUUUUAAAAAAGCCUCAUGUGGCCAUUUGUAAAAGUUGUUAAACAAAUGACAUAUGUUUUUGUUGUAC